UGUGGAGAGCUUGUGGCUGAAACAAGACAAGUAGUUAUUCUUGCAUACUCAUAUAUUCACAUCAUUUUAGCAAAGCAAAGCAAAACUCACUCCCUAAAAAGCAAAGAAAGAAUCAUGGCUUGUUUGAACAUGUUCGUUUCUCCCACAGUAUUAUUAGUCAGACCUCAAAGAAGAGUAAGAAGUGCAGCAACAGCAGCAAAAUCCUCAGGUGGAGGCAGUGAAGAGAAGGGCAUUUUAGACUUUAUCCUCGGCAGCUUGACGAAGGAGGAUCAGUUCUAUGAGACUGAUCCAAUCUUGAAGAAGGUGGAGGACGGGAAGAGCAGCGGCACCACCACCAGCAGCGGCCGCAAGAACUCGGUGGUUGUGCCGCCCGCCAAGAAGAAGGAUGGUGGGUUUGGCGGCCUUGGAGGACUCUUUGCUAAGAAGGAUUGAUAAGCAUAAUGGAAUUACUUAAGUUACAUUUCUUUCAUACAAAAUUUAUGUUUUCAAUUUUUGCCAUGAUGUUCUCUGUUGUAAUAAGAUGCUUAAUUCAAUCACAUAUAUUCAUUCUAUCG